UAGUAUCCAAACACAUCGUGAAGUUUCCGAGGAUACCCUGAAGACAUCAUACUGUAGCGUGGCGAGGGCGGACCGUGUGACGUAGAGCGGAGGCUUUGGCUGUUUAUUGUUCCUUCCCCAGCACGGACAGAGAAAAACGGGCUAACAAGCUGCCUGCUACCUUUUUCACACGGUUCACGGUCGGUUUAACGAAGGUGUAACGGUCGAGACAACUGACUGUACAAAACAGGGGCCAUGGCGUAUGCGUACCUUUUCAAAUACAUCAUCAUCGGAGACACGGGCGUGGGAAAGUCAUGUCUACUACUACAGUUCACAGACAAGAGGUUUCAGCCAGUUCACGACCUUACCAUUGGUGUGGAGUUUGGAGCGAGGAUGAUCACUAUAGAUGGCAAACAGAUCAAACUGCAGAUCUGGGAUACGGCUGGUCAGGAGUCAUUCCGGUCCAUAACCAGGUCUUACUACAGAGGAGCUGCAGGAGCACUGCUAGUCUAUGACAUCACAAGAAGGGACACCUUCAACCACUUGACAACUUGGUUAGAGGAUGCUCGCCAACAUUCCAACUCAAAUAUGGUCAUCAUGCUCAUUGGCAACAAGAGUGACCUGGAGUCAAGGAGAGAGGUGAAGAAAGAAGAAGGUGAGGCAUUUGCCAGAGAACAUGGCCUCAUAUUCAUGGAGACCUCAGCCAAAACUGCCUCUAAUGUAGAGGAGGCUUUCAUCAACACAGCCAAGGAGAUAUAUGAGAAGAUCCAGGAGGGGGUGUUUGAUAUCAACAAUGAGGCUAAUGGCAUUAAGAUUGGACCCCAGCACCCUACCACCAACUCCACGCUGUCAGGUAGCCAGGGAGGCCAACAGGCUGGAGGGGGCUGCUGCUGAAGCCCCAAAACACACCUCCUCUUCCCUUAACCCCAACCCUUCCUCCUCCCUCUCACCCUCCCUGACCCUUCCUUGCAUUUCUACAGAACUGUCCAGGCUCACUAACAGUUUGUUAACCCCUCUCUACUGCUCGAUUCUUUCAUCCCUCUUUCCCUCUCUGUGUCUUUUUCUCUCUCUGUCUUUCAGUCAUGUCUUUCCCAAGUCUCUUGACCACACCUAUGGGUCUAGAGGCUGCGUUCUCAUAAUUAACCUGACCUCCUACAGUCUUAUGAGGAUAGAGUCAGCUUCACCUGCAGAUAUACCGACCAAAUUCUGAAGUUUUGCAAUUCACCCUUUUUUUUGUUAGAUAAACAGGUUUUAAUCUUUUAAUUUAAAAACAUCCAAGCAUUUUAAUUCAUGAGGAUGUUGUUGGGAUAAUUCAGUACCUCAGAAUCAUAAAAAAAAACAACUAUAUUUUCAGUAACAGUGAGUUGACUUUGUCCAGAUAGAGACAGGAUUGUGAGUAGAGAUUAAACACACUCUUAACAACUGACUAUAUGGAAUAAACCAUGUGCUGUGUUUUGUCUGUACACACAUUUGUACAUGUUUUUAAAGAAAAUUACACGGCACGUUGACAGCAGGACAUGUUUCUACAUGUUGAGUUAGUUUUCAUGCUGUGUCUGUGUGUAUAGGGAUGAUAUAGGUAUUCCACUGUCAGUUUGUAAGAUGUAGGAGGCAUUCAAGUCCCUCUGUAUUUUCUGUCCAUAAAACAAUCUGCAAAUUA